GAAAUAAUUAUCAGAGAAGAACAGAACGAGGAUGAGAGGCAAGCUCAAGGUAACAAGAAACUAACUUUAUUUAAAUCGUUCUCAAUAUGGAGAUUCAGCAAGGGUAACAGCCCUUUUAGUCAUGUCUCGUGCAACACGACCAACACGAGUAUACGCGUAAAAACGCACAAGUUACAGGUCUGCAAACAAGUUGUUACAAAUCUGUUCACAAGCUGUCGACAAGUUGUGUUCGCAAUGCUUGUUCCUAGUUGUUGGAACAAGUUUGGAAUAAGCUGUUAACAACUUGUAACAAGCUUGAUGGCCUUAUCAGACUUGUUACAAGGUUGUUCUAACCAAUCUGAUACAGUCAUGAUAUUACAAGAAUGUUACAAGGUUGACGACACAAGGUUGUAACAAUAUUGUUAUAUCGUGAGUCAUGACUGCAUGUAUCGGACUCGUUGGAACAACCUGGCAACAAGUCUGAUAAUAUCAACAAUAUUGUUACGAGUUUUUAACAGCUUGUUCCAAACUUGUUGACAGCUUGGGACAAGCAGUGCGAACACAACUUCUUGAUACCACAAGUUGCGCCACCGCAGCCCUGAUCGAGACUCCUUUAACAACUUUUCUUCCGACAGCGGCAAGAAGAAUUCAGGAAACCAUGCUCCACAAACGACACAGUUUAUCGGAAUCGUUUAUGAACCUCAUUGAUGGAAAUAAAGAAUUACUCAAUCAUCUUAACAGUUGUAGAAAAGAUGCUCAGAGCAACUUAUCCAACAAGUAAGAACACAUUUCACUAAUCCUUCUCAAAACUUUACCGAUCUUGCCAUUGCAAAAUUCCAACCGAGGCCAAUAGUGUUGUAGAAGGGCUGAGCCGCCCUUACUAACAAUUUCAUGGCGGUUUGGGGGGCUGACCUCCCAAUAUUUUUGCAGAUUGUAUAUUCAUAACUUGGAAUGUUCUUUGCAACCGUAGUGUUGAAAUGGUGCGAUAAUGAUGUUAGUAAUCUGUACUUGAUUACUAUGAUCAUACUGUUAGGUCAUGUAUGUGGCUCCAACAUGAAAUAGCUUCGGUAUAACGGAAUCUUUUAUUUCUAGUCCUUUCUUCAAAAAACACUAAUUGAAGAAUUACUGCAAUCAAAAAUAAAUACUGGAACUUUCCAUGUUUAUCAUGAAUGAAUGACAAUAUUUAUUGAGGGUGAACACCAAUCUAACACUAAAAGGUUAAUGAGGGUGGCACUCACCCACUCAUCAUGUCCCACCCAGUGAUCUAGCGGUUGCACCCUCCACACCUUGUUGCCCUCACGUCUUGUCACCCCACCCCCCUUUAAGAACCCCCUCCCUCAUAUGUUAUCAUUUUAGUUUUACACCACUGCAUGGUGACCACAUAAACGGCUUUGAUACUGUAAACUACCGAACCCCUGAGUUAAUUUAGCUAACCUAAAUAUAAUUAAGUAAUUUUUGAUAAUUUUGUUUAUCUUUUUAUUAGGACAGAAGCACUGCGCAAAUUGAAACAGAAAAUCAAGAAAUGUCGACUUUAUGUUCGUCAAACUGUUCGCAGUAGUGUCUUCUAUUGGUCUGUGAUUCUCUGUGUUUUUCUCAAUACAAUGGUUAUCGCUUUAGAACAUCAUGGACAACCUGAGUUCCUUACACAGUUUCAAGGUCUCUGCAGUAGAUUGUUGUUGUUUUGGUAGUUUUGUAGAGAGAGUAAAAUAAUAAACUACCGAGGCACAUAGUCAGAUAUGUUCGACCUAUGCAUGCAGAUAUGCUCAAUAUAUAUUGAAAUAUAUAAUUCUUUACCUAGAUACCUGUGAACUGGUGUUUCUGGUGAUAUUCAUUGCUGAGAUGUUGUUUAAAAUGUUUGGUCUGGGUUUUCACACGUACUUUGCAUCUGCUUUUAAUUGUUUUGAUUUUACGGUAAGAGAUUUUGUCUCAUACCAGCUAGUGCAACUUACCUGUAUUAUUGUAUAUGUGUACAAUUUCCUAACUUAUUCUCACUGACUUCAUUUGUAAUGUUUACAGGUCGUGUUAUGUGGUCUGGUGGAAAUGAUGAUACAGGAAGUACAGGGCAUCAGUCUUGGAAUUAGCGUUCUGCGAAGUUUAAGACUUUUGAGAAUCUUUAAAGUAACAAGGUAAUAAAGAAGAAUACUGAUUACUAUUAUUAGAUAUGACUCAUGAAGUAUCAGUUCUAAACUGUUCUCCCGAGAGGUCCAGUAAGGAUCGUCUCUUAUUAAUCCAGUGUUAUACUACAGGAGGAAACCUAAACUAAACUAACUUUAGUUAUACUGGAUAGCUCUAUCAGUUCUAAACUGUUCUCCCUAGAGGUCCAGUAAGGGUCAUCACUUAUUGAUCCAGUGUUACUACAGGAGGAAACCUAAACUAAACUAACUUUAGUUCAUAUACUGGAUAACUCUAUCAGUUCUAAACUGUUCUCUCUAGAGGUCCAAUAAGGAUCAUCUCUUAUUGAUCCAGUGUUAUACUACAGGAGGAAAUCUAAACUAAACUAACUUUAGUUAUACUGGAUAGCUUUAUCAGUUCCAGACUGUUCUCCCUAGAGGUUCAGUAAGGGUUACCCUUUACACGACUCCUAAACUAUAUUAUCUUUUCUUCGUUAUUAGAUUCUGGAAAUCUUUACGUAAUCUAGUGACGUCACUUCUCAAUAGUGUUCGCUCUAUACUCAGUCUGAUAUUUUUACUUUUGCUGUUCAUAUUCAUAUUCGCUUUACUUGGGAUGCAGCUGUUUGGAGCCAAGUAAGAUAUACUUUACACGUUUCCCCUUAGAAUUUUCCUUAUGGUUUCCCCUCUGGGAAAAUACAUGUAGAUUUGGCAGAAAAGCUGUCCAUUUCAAAGCUAAAUAGGAUAAAUGUGCAAAAGGUUCAGCCCCUUCAUCACUACUUUUUGUUGCAGAUUCAACAACAAAUUGGACCCUCCAAGGACAAAUUUUGAUAACUUUUUUCAAGCUAUGCUCGCCGUUUUUCAGGUAAAAUGUAUAAUCCAGGGCCUCUUUUAAUACCAUAUACUGGGGGGGAAUUGUCCCCUCCCAACCCUGUUUUGCCCCCCCCCCUCAGUGAAGUAUGUUGUCCCCCCCCCAGUGAAGGUCCAUUCUGUCUAAAAAAUAAGGGGAAAAGGGAAGAACAACAUAGUUAAAAAGAGUAUUUUAGUGUUGCCAAGACCAAUUCUUUGUCUAGCGGAUGAAAUAUAUAAAUAAAAAAUUGUGUCUGUGAAUGCGAAAAUCAAGCCCCAGACACUUAAAAAUACAAAUACAGCCUUCGAAUGUCGUCUAGUUUAACAAUAAAUUUUCCACACUGUAGAUGCUCUCGGGCGAGGACUGGAACACAGUAAUGUACGAGGGUAUUUUGGCCAGCGGCGGACCCUAUACCGUCACUGGAAUCUUGGCAUCAUUCUACUUUAUUGGUCUCGUUAUACUGGGCAACUGUAUCCUUUACUGUACUGGGAUAUUAGCUACUUGUUAUUAUUCAAACUUUUUGUGAUAACAGUUUUUGCGAUUCCGGUGCAGCGCUCGAUUUAUACACACGUAAAAAAUUAUACACACAUAAAAACGCACAAGUUGUUACAAAUCUGUUCUCAAGCUGUCGACAAGUCGUGUUCGCACUGCUUGUUCCCAGUUGUUGGAACAAGUUUGGAACAAGUUGUUAACAACUUGUAACAAGCUUGAUGGCAUUAUCACACUUGUAGCAAAGUUGUUCUAACACGUUUGAUACAGUCAUGAUAUAACAAUAUUGUUACAACCUUGUGUCGUCAGCCUUGUGACAUUCUUGUUAUAUCACGAAUGUAUCAGACUUAUCAGAGCAACCUUGUAACAAAUCUGAUAAUGCCAUCAAGCUUGUUACAAGUUGUUACAAUAACUGGGAACAAGCAGUGCGAACACAACUUGUCGACAGCGUGUGAAUAGAUUUGUAACAACUUGUUUGCAGACUUGCGUGUUUACGUUUGGAGUUGUUGUAACAAGUUUGGAACAAGCUGUUAACGUACAACUUGCUACAAGCUGUUAACAACUUGUAACAAGCUUGAUGGCAUUAUCACACUUGUUACAAGGUUGUUCUAACAAGUCUGAUACAGUCAUGAUAUAACAAUAAUGUCAAAGGUUGACGACACAAGGUUGUAACAAUAUUGUUAUAUCAUGACUGUAUUGGACUUGUUGGAACAACCUUGUAACAAGUCUGAUAAUAUCAACAAGGUUGUUACAAGUUGUUAACAGUUUGUUCCAAACUUGUUGACAAUACAGUUUGUUCCAUACUUGUAGGUAAUAAAUCAUUCUAAGCUACAGCUCCUCUGUACGAGAAUAGUUUUUUACAAAAAGAUUUUUCGCCGCUGCUUCUGGCUAGGUGUGAAAAUUAUAUAUAAUUUUCCGUUCAAAAUUUCCAUAUCAAUACAAAAUCCCGUCAGCUAUCUUUCCUUAACCCCUAUCUUAACAGACACGUUACUCAACGUAUUUCUGGCUAUAGCAGUAGAUAACCUCGCCACAGCGCAAGCGCUCACGAGAGACGAGGAGCGAGAACAGCGGGAACGGGAUUUGGCGAAGAAACGAAUACAGGAGAAACGACAGAAAGGAUGGUUGAAGGCGAAGAAACAAUUGCCAAUCAUACUCACUUUUAAACAUUUCUCCAAUCUACGAAAUGCCAAGUUAGUGGACUAGCGGUUGAUCCAUGCAGAAAAAAUCAUCAAAAAUCUCACAUCUUGUAGCAAGUCUGCCAACAAGCCGUCAACAAAUUGUGUUCGCACUGCUUGUCAACAAGCUUGGAACAAGUUGUUAACAGCUUGUAACAAGCUUGUUGAUAUUAUCAGACUUGUUGCAAUGUUGUUCCAACAAGUCCGAUACAGUCAUGGUAUGACAAUAUUGUUACGACCUUGUAUCGUCAGUCUUGUAUAUAUCAUGACUAUAUCAGACUUGUUAGAACAAUCUUGUAACAAGUCUGAUAAAGCCAUCAAGCUUAUUACAAAUUGUUAACAGCUUGUAACAAGGUUGUUGAUAUUAUCAGACUUGUUGCAAGGUUGUUCCAACAAGUCGGAUACAGUCAUGAUAUAACAAUAUUGUUACAACCUUGUAUCGUAAUGGAAACCAAGUUCCAAAGUUUUUCCAGCAACUGGGAACAAGCAUUGCGAAUCUUGUUGACAGCUUGUGAACAGAUUUGUAACAACUUGUUUGCAGACCCGUAACAACUUGUACGUUUUUACGUGUGUACAAUUCUCACAACUUGUCAACAAGAUAUGUUCGCAGCAGGCUUGUAGCAAGCUUGUCAACAAGUUGGAACGACGCUGUUAUUUCAUCAAGUUCCUACAAGGUUGUCACUUACAACUUGUUGACAAAUUGUUGAAUUGCAGGACGAUAACAAGUUGUUGGAACAACUUGUAACAAGUCUGUUGAGCUCAACAACUUUUUAGCAAAGUAUAACACUAUUGUUACAACCUUGUAUCGUCGACAUUGUGUUUGUUUAUUAUUUUGGAUUGGCUCUAGAAUUUUUUUGAGAACGAAUAUUGUUGGACGAAUCCAUCCCAAGAUGCGGCUAGCCCUGAAUGGCUAUAUGGAUUUUUCCAACUUUAUUUUGAAACACUAAGUGACUCUAAGAUCAUUAUUUUUGUAGGCUCGCUGAACAGCAAGGGGGAAGUGGCCGAAGUUCUAUUGAGGUAAGAGCAAAUACAUGUUGUUAACUUGUUUUCUUUUGGCUGAGCCCGCUGAGCUACGAAAGAAGCGGAGAAUGUUUUCACACACAUUGCUGGGGGCCCGAUAGAGAUCGGGUGGUGCAGGUUAGAUGAGCAUAGUUUUGUUUUUGCUCACCGUAGCUUGGAACAAAAUUCCUUGACAAGAAAAAAUUGUCAAUUUUUGCCGUACAUACGAGCCAGUAAACCUUGUCAAGGAAAAUUUCUGAAGAAAAAAUUGCUUGUCUGUAUGGGGUUUAAAGGCGCAUUUCCACUCAGGAAAAUUAUUCGCAGAAAGAAAAUUUUGCAACAUGUGAUUGGCCGACACAAAUUCACCGUCGAAAAAAAUUUUGAAGUUGAAAGUUUCAACUUUUAACAAUGAACCAAUCCCAUAUUAAUCAAAAUUUUUAUCUCAACAAUUCCAGACAAAAUUCCAUCACAGCAUGAAAAAGCAUCACAAAAUUAGCAAUAUUCCAAAGUUUCGUUGCGAAAUGUUGUAAAAUGCGGAUAAUAUAGCUUUGCGAAGUGUGCCGUUUUUUCAGUCAGUAAAGCAGUAAACGGUUACCACUUUUCCAAAAUUUUGAUCUCAACUGGCCUAAACAAAAAAUUCAUCACAGCUUGAAAGAGCAUCACAAAAUUAGUAAUUUCGUUGCGAAAUGUUGUAAAAUGCGGAUAAUAUAGCCUUGCGAAGUUUGUAAUUUUCAGUCAAUUUGUAUUUGUACAAACGGGAAAUGGUUACCACUUUGGAAAAUCUCCCGCGCGAAUACAAAAUGACUGAAAAUUGCAAACUUCGCAAGGCUAUAUUAUCCGCAUUUUACAACAUUUCGCAACGAAACUUUGGAAUAUUGCUCAUUUUGUGAUGCUCUUUCAAUGCUGUGAUGGAAUUUUCUCUAGACUUGUUGAGAUCAAAAUUUUGAUUAAUAUGGGUUUGGUCCAUUAUAUUUUGGGAAAAUAUUCUGUCCGUGGAAAUUUUUUUUGAGCGGAAAUGAGCUUUUAAACUGGAAACACUCUGUUUAUAUGCAAAUGAGACGAAGUUUUAAUCGGACAACUGAGUAUUGCAGAAAUUCAAAGAAUAUUUUUUAUUCUAGGAUACUGUUCCAACAACAUCGCCUGAUGAUGUGGCGAUCCAGUUCAAUGGUACCUCGGACACCAAUGUACGCGCAGGGAUAUAUGAGGUAACCGAGGAACAGAACGGGGCGUCACAGGAUGGCCAGGAUGAAGAGGUGGUACGGAAGAUCAGUUUUGUUGAGAUACUCCAGCAAGUGAGGGAUAGAGAUGUACAGGAGAGACAGCUUGGAAUGGAUGAGGAUGCAGAGGGGAUGCAGUCUGGGAGCGAUUACAUUGGUAAUUGACCUGUCGUAUAUCCCCAUUAUCAGGGCCCCCAAAACACGUAAAAACGCACAAGUUAUAACAAACCUACAGCAGACUUGUAGCAAUGCUGUUCCAACAACUUGUCAACAGGAUGUGUUCGCACUGCUUGUUCCCAACGCCUUGCUACAAGGUUGUUGAGCUCGACAGACUUCUUCCAACUUGUUAUCGCCCUGCAAUUCAACAGUUUGUCAACAAGUUGUGAGUGACAACCUUGUAGCAACUUGAUAAAAUAACGGCAUUAUUACAACUUGUUGACAAGCUUGUUACAAGCCUGUUGCGAACACAUCUUGUUGACAAGUAGUGAGAUUUUUACGUGUGUGAUAUAUUGGCCUACGAUAAUGAAAAACAAAAACUGAGGCAAAAAGGAAAAGCAUGUUUUGUGACCUCAUACCUGUCAAAAAUUUGUCUGGUAUAUGAUUUUCUAUGGGAUUGCAUCUCUUCCCCAUGAAAAUACAAAAAUACCGCAGGUCAUGCAAAUUUAUUUACACACUUUACCUGAGGAGUGCAAUUAAGGAACAAUGAACCAUUUGCAUUAUGGACUAAAUUUUGAUCUAGACAAAAAUUUCAUCACAGCUUGAAAGAGCAUCACAAAAUUAGUAAUAUUCCAAAGUUUCGUUGCGAAAUAUUGUAAAAUGCGGAUAAUAUAGCCUUGCGAAAUUUGCAAUGUUCAGUCAUUUUGUAUUGCAAAAGGGAAAUUGAUGCCCCAACGCCCGAUUGGGCUGUCAAUUUCCCGUUUGUAAUACAAAAUGACUGAAAAACGGCAAACUUCGCAAGGCUAUGUUAUCCGUAUUUUACAACAUUUCGCAACGAAACUUUGGAAUAUUACUAAUAUUGUGAUGCUCUUUCAAGCUGUGAUGAAAUUUAUGUCUAGAUCAAAAUUUAGUCUAUAAAUAUAAUGCAAAUGGUCCAUUAAGCCCUGGGCAAACUAGGAAAUAUUGUUGCGGAAACAUUGUUUCCUACCAAUGUUUCGCCAUGUUUCCAAGAGUGGGCGAACAGUAGGAAACAUUAGUGAGAAACAUAGGGAAACAUAAAAUGUUUCUGAUUUCGCUAGGAAACAUUUUUGCUUCUCGGGAAGCAAAUUUUGUUUCCGCAACAACGUUUCCACGGGUGGGCAAACAAGAAAACAUUUGAAGAAACAUCGAGAAUCACAAAUGUUUCCGCAACAAUGUUUCCUAGUUUGCCCAGGGCUUAAGCAGAAUGUCUUAGCGUUCAAAAAUGUUUUCCAGAACAAGGCAUCAGCCAUCAUGGCUUUUCUACAACUCUCCGUAAUCCUGAGAAGAUAAUUGGUCGUCGCCUGAUCGCAAGAAGAGUCCCUAUCAUACGCAAGACGUCACUUUUCAUUUUCUCACCUGAGAACCC